AUGGCUGGCAAAAAAACGGUUCAGAUCGAAGCUGAAGUGGAAACAGAAGAUGUUUCGGAGACUUCUCAGACUGUGGAAACCGAGGACGAUAUUUUUAUAGAAGUCGACAAAUUACAAGAAUUAGGAAUCAAUGUGGCGGAUAUAACAAAACUGAAACUGAGCGGGUACAACACAGCUCUCAGCAUAAUUCAAGCAACAAGAAAAGAGCUUUUAGCCAUAAAAGGUUUCAGCGACGCAAAGGUAGAAAAGAUUAUCGAAUGUGCUCAAAAAAUCGAGCAGACGGACACUUUUAUUUCUGGGAUAAACUUGCUGAAAAAAAGAUCUUCUUUAAUUAAAAUAACUACAGGCUCAUCGACGAAAAUGGUACUUGAACCGUUCAGUUUAUUGGUGAUAGAUGGUAUUAUGUCGCUGUUUCGGGUAGACUUUUCAGGUCGAGGAGAACUUUCAGAAAGACAACAGCUAUUAGGUAAAACACUGAAUCGCCUGCAGAAACUCGCAGAUCAGUUUAAUAUCGCAAUUGUGUAUACGAACCAAGUCAUGUCUGACCCGUCAGGAGCCAUGACAAUGGCUAUUAAUCCUGUAAAGCCCGUCGGAGGGCAUGUUUUGGGCCAUGCAAGCACACAUAGACUAAUGCUCCGAGUUGGAAAAGGCGACCAGCGAGUAUGUAAAGUGUACGACAGCCCGAUUUUGCCUCCUGGUGACGCAACGUUUCAGCUUUCUUCGCUGGGAAUUUGUGACGUCAAUGAAUAA